AACGAAUUCGAGAUGGACUCAGAAGAAUCUGCGAAGAGAGAGAGAACGCACUCGGAAGGAUAAGCAGAUGUUCCACGGCGGGGGUGCACACCUGAACCGCGGAGAACGCCUUGGAGUGGUGAAGAGAGGAACGGAUUUUGACUGGAGGCGGAACCGAAAGACUUGCAGGCUUCGGAAGGGGAGAGUCAUUCUUUGACGAAACCAGCACUCGGUGAACGUGAGAGAAUUCGUUUUUUAAACAGUCAAGUCUCUUGUUUGUGGGGGCUCUUUUUGGCAGGCAUGCCCUAGCGAUUGGUGACUCAAGGAACCGGCUUGCCAGCUGUGUCUCUCUUGGUGCCUCUCAGAAAGAGUUUUUUUUCUUUUUUGCAUUUAUUUGCCUUUUUCUUUCGAGGCCGUUGCCCCCUGAACCUGGGGUCCCUACGAAAUUCUUCUUUCCUUGCCUUCUUGAUCGCUCCGCGUCUUGGUGAGUAGACCUGCUGCCUCAAGCGACACUCACUCCUCGUGUCUCACGCUGUUUUCCCUCGUUUCCUUUCUUCUUCUGUUCUUCUCUCUUGUCUCCUCAACAUUCUUGUUUCUUUUUUUUUGUUUCCUCCUGCUUCCUCCUCUCUUUGCUGCCUCUUUAUCCCAUAUCUUCGUUCUCCUCUCCUCGGUCAUUGUCUCCUCUCUCUUUCCUCCGUUCCCUCUCUUCUCCUUUUUCUUCUCGUCUUUCUUCUCUCUCUUCUUCUCUUUUCUCUCGACUGCCAGGCCGCCUCACUUCCCUCCUCGCUGCCGUCGAAUUGUCGCCCCUCUUGUUCUCUCCAGUGUACAUACACCCCCACGUGGGAUACUCUUGUUCUCCCUUUCGCUCUUUCUCUCGUGGUUUCUCUCUUCCUUCGCGGCUAUUGCCGCCAGCGUCUAGUCCUCUGUUAGCAACAUGGCAUCGUCGGAAGGGCGACCUUCUCCCUCUUCUCCCUCUUCUCUUCCGUCUUCUUCUCCCUCGUUUUCGCCUUCUCUGUCUUCCUCUCUCUUCUCUCCCUCCUUCGCCUCCGUCACCUCUCUGGAAAAUCCGCCCGGCGCUCCCAGUGACGCCGGCGCAGCUUCUAUCGUCGCCCUGCCGCCGUCUUCUCUUGGAGACAUUCUUUCCAGUUUCACCCGAGAGACAAGAGACCCCAGAAGAGAACAAAGGGAAGAUCCCAGAAGGGAACAGAGAGGAGAAGCACUCGAACAAGCGCGAGGAGAAGCAGGAGCAGCGAGAGAAGAGAGACAAGAUUCUCAUCGAGAGAGCAGAGAUGAGAGAGAGAGACGAGAUUUGCCAACGUCGGGUUCUCUCUCUGCUGUCUCUGCACAUGCACCGCUGCAUGUCGUGGAUCGGUCGUUUCUUCGAGUCCCUCUCGAGUGUGCAUUGCGUGCAGUGAAAGCGAAUUCUCGAAGCUUGUACAGAGACGUCGGAGUCGUUCUCGCCUACGUCCUCAAGGGGAAAAUGGCGACUCAGCUGGCCGAGAGCUCCUCUGUCGAAGAAAAAAUAAACAGACUCGACCUCCUCAUUGAAAAGCUAAAAAAAAUUCGAGACAAGGCGCAGCACGGGAACGAAGAAUCUCGCAAUUUUCUGCUGCGCUGUCAACUGCGAGUUCGACGCCUCGCGGAGGAACCUGACAUUCUCCACGUCCACUCGAAAUUGGACUUCUCCUUCGCGACAUACGGCGACCGCGUGGCGUGGGUCGUAUACGAAUACCUGGCUCGUUCAGGCAUGUCUCUGACAGCAGAGUUGCUGAAAGAGAAGCUGGACCUCGAACCGUUUGCAGACGGAGAAGUUCACCAAGAGAUUCUCGACGUCCUUGGCGGUCUGCUGCGCGAGUCCACUGAGGAGGCUCGUCAGUGGGUGGAUGCGCAUCGUGCAAAGCUGAAGAAGAUCGGAUCGUUGUUUGAGUCAGAGCUCCAUGUACAGCACGUGCUGGAACUGCUGAAGAAGAAAGAUGCAAAGACAGCGGUGGCUUACCUCAAAGCAAAUGUGGGUCCCGAGGAUUUCGCGCGCUGCGUGGACAUCCGGAAGGUAGUGACUCUGACGGCGCUGCUCGAAGACCCACCGCCUCAAUACGCGGCUCUAUUCGGGAUUGAACGGUGGCACCGUAUCUCCUGUCUGUUUCUCCACACCAGUGCCCAAGUGUACGGAUUUUCUGUGAAGCCCACUCUGGUCGCUCUCCUGCAAGCAGGCUUCUCUGCUCUCAAAUCAUCUGUCUGCGAGGAGCAAAAGUCUGCGAGCUGCCCAACAUGCCUCCCUGAGUGGGCGGAAUACGUGAGACAGGUUCCGACUCCUCACAGAGUUCAGAGUUUCCUCAUCUGCCCAAUCAGUGGAGAAGUGAUGGAUGCAGACAAUCCGCCUCUCGCGAGUCCCGACGGCCAUGUGUACUCGACGAAUGCGGUUCGCGCUCUGGCUGCGGCAGCGCCUGACGGGAAGACGGUUGUCUGUCCGAAAACGAAGCAGCCUUAUCCUCUCGAGAGAUUCACUCGAAUCUACGUCACGUAGACGCGCUCGCGAGUCUGCGUCCGCGAAGGAAGCCUGUAAUCUGUCUCCGUUUCCAUGGACGCGGAACUCCCAGCGACCUGCUUGCUCGCGUGGACCUGCACGAUUUUUUGGCGCAGUGUGCGUCCUUCCUCCUGGAUCUUUUCGACGCUCCUCAACGACUCUGAAUGGAGGCGAACGCGGGAUUUCCUCUCUCUUCGAAAAGAAGAACCGUAUGGAGUGAUUCGCGCGCCGCAACUCUGAGGGCUUUCUUCCUGGAGCAGAACAGUCAGUGUUCGCUUCGAGAAAUCUCGAAAUGCUAAGAGAAAUAAGGGUGAACUCGUGCGGAUUUUUACCUGCAAGUUCCAUCCGGAUUCUUCAACGAAUCAAACGCCCAGUCUUGCUCAAGCCAGUCUAUUUCUUGAACACGGUGACAGACACGUAUAUACGUAUACGGAUUCUGGUUACUUUAUGUAAAUAUGUGAAUUUUGAAUAUAUAUACAUACACAUGGAUUCUGGCCACCUUCGACAUGUGUAUGUAUAAAUAAAUAUAUAUAUAUAUAUAUUUAUGUGGAGUUGUGUCCAGAGCUACGUAUGCGAAUGCAUGGUGAAGAGUUGAGAGAGGUGCGUCUUCCGUUUUCAACGUGUGCGUUUUUCGGUGUGUUUGGAGGCAGUUUUUCCCCGUCCUUUUCAAUCAGGUUUUCAGGUGUAUUUUCACUUUUUUCUGCAAGGUUCUGAUUCUCCCCCCCUUCUUUGAAAGGCCUGUGUGCUGAGUUUCUUGCUUCUCCGUAGCCGAGAAACUAACGUUCAGAAAAUCGUUUUUCUCCCUUUUGCUCCCCCGUUCUCAUCUCGUUUCUCAUGGAUUGUUCGUCUUACCCAGUCUGGAUUUCUGCGAGCCUCUGCACACAUUUUCCCGUACUUUUUCACGUGCAUAAACUUUUAUGUUCGAAGAUGCGCCUUUUUCACUUAAACCUCCAUCGCCUUUCUUAAACGUGAUCCUCAGCAGUGUCAAUAGUUGCGAACGACGCGUGCGUAGUUCCACUGAUUUUCAACUUCAGAAGGGUUUCGAACUCGAAGACCAGGUGUACAGAGUGUGCCUUUCUCUCGGUUCGCUUUUCACGCUUUUUUUAAGUAGAGGCAAAUUGCUUUCUAAUUUUGCACCACGAGUGAGACGGCGUACAUCUUCAAGGACUUUGCUCACCAGGUCCAAGUGCCGUUGUGUUUGAGUGGUCAGAUCGUGUGAUUCCGAAAACUGCCGCUCGGCGAAUUGGAGGAGACGCUGCUCUUGGACAUCGGGAGGGUUUCCCUCCGAUUCCUUGAUUCAGAGCCGUCUAAGAAUGUUGACUGUCUACACUCAACAACUGGGUUUCCGUGGGUCUGCGGCUGUCCGAGGGGUCGCCAUAUCAAAAAUCGGGAUUUUUCUGGAUGAAUGCUUCUCCGAAAUUGCUUUCGGAUGCUCUAGACACAAGGGAAACAGGGGAGACAAAACAUGCAAAAGCCUGUGGUUGCCACGUGGAAGGAACCUGCCGCGCCUGAAUCGGUGGGGGAUGGCAGCUCUUGUGUGCAUGUGUGUGGAAGCGAGGUGCCUUUGCAGUUCAGGAUUGAUAUUACUGUGGCACUCGAGUUUUGAUUUUCACCUGCUUGUUCAUCCCAAAAGCAAACGGCGCAUCUGUCACUUCUCAGCACCUUUUUUGCGUCUUUCUGUCAAUUUACCCGACUCUUAGACGAGGGGACGCCGACGAGACUCAACCUUGUGUUACUAAACUCGUUUAACUGCCACUAGAUUUGACAUUCUGUGCCAGCCGCUCGAAAGGCGUGCAGGCAA